CCCCAAAUGGCUGCAAAGGCCAGGGUUAGACCAGGCUGAAGACAGGAGCCAGGAAUUUCUUCCAGGUCCCACGUAGGUGCUUGGGCCAUCUUCUGGUGCUUCCCCAGGCACAUUAGCAGGGAGCUGGAUCAAAACGGAUUCAAACCGGCACCCUGCUGACACUGCAGGUGGAGGCUUUACCUUCUACACCAUAGUACUGGCUCCAAAUGCCACUUUCUCUAAGGCUUUCCUGUUUGUCCCUAGAGAUAAAAUUUCCAUCUUACUGUACUGUUUAGUUGUGUCCUCAUUUGUCUAGUUGUGUCCCCAUCUGUCUCCUCCCCUCUAGGAGAUUGUACAAUCAUGCAUUCCUUGGGUAUGUCUUCACUUUUUUUUUUUUAUUUGAAAGUCAGGGGGAGAGAGAGAGAGAGAGAGAAACCUUCUAUCUGCUGGUUCACUCCCUAAAUGGCUGCAACAGCUAGGGCUGGGCCAGGCUGAAGCCAGGAGCCAGGAUCUUCUUCCAGGUCUCCCAUGCUGGUGCAGGGGCCCAAGCACUUGGGCCAUCUUCUGUUGCUUCCCCAGGUGCCUUAGCAGGGAGCUAGAUCAGAAGUGGAGGAGCCAGGAUUUGAACUGCUGCCCAUAUGGGAUGACAGCACACUAGGCAGCGACUUAACCUUCUAUGCCACAAUACCGGCUCUGUCUUAUCACUUUUUACUGCAUCUGGGACAUUGCCUUGUGCUCUUAGCUGAGACUCUUAGCUGAGUCUUUUAGCUGAGUCAUCCUAGGGGCCAGAGGAAUAGGAGUCCAAGAGAAGUGUAGACCUGGAGACUCUCACUGCUCAGCCAUAUGGAUACUGGUGGGGAGGUUUGCACUGGGAACACAGGGCCAGUAGAAGAUGCUAGACCUAAAGAGCAGAAUUGGAAAGCAAAAACACAAGAGGCUUAGAGUGUAAAGUGAAUGUGCUGAAGGCCUGGUGUAUGCCAUGAAUACUGAAAGCUUCUUGUAUGCCUAUGCUGUGUAAAUGAGUAUGGAAGAUUAUGAUUUCCUGUUCAAAAUUGUUUUAAUUGGCAACGCUGGUGUGGGGAAGACGUGCCUAGUUCGCCGAUUCACUCAGGGUCUUUUUCCCCCAGGUCAAGGAGCCACAAUCGGAGUUGAUUUUAUGAUUAAGACAGUGGAGAUAAAUGGUGAAAAAGUAAAGCUACAGAUCUGGGACACAGCAGGUCAAGAGAGAUUUCGGUCCAUUACCCAGAGUUAUUAUCGAAGCGCCAAUGCCUUGAUCCUCACCUAUGACAUUACCUGUGAGGAAUCCUUCCGUUGCCUUCCUGAGUGGUUGCGGGAAAUAGAACAAUAUGCCAGCAACAAGGUCAUCACUGUGUUAGUAGGUAACAAGAUUGACCUCGCUGAAAGGAGAGAGGUCUCCCAGCAGAGAGCUGAAGAAUUCUCAGAAGCUCAGGACAUGUAUUAUCUGGAGACCUCGGCCAAGGAAUCUGAUAAUGUGGAGAAACUCUUCCUUGACUUAGCUUGUCGACUCAUCAGUGAAGCCAGGCAGAACACACUUGUAAACAAUGUAUCCUCACCCUUACCUGGAGAAGGCAAAAGCAUCAGCUAUUUGACUUGUUGUAACUUCAACUAAAGGCUGAGGUAAAAAGAAGCAAAAGGAAAUCAGCAGCUGCCCUGAUGGGCCACGAGUUGCUGGGGAGAUCUGGCGAUGACUGUGGCUCCUGCUCUCGGACCUUCUGACUCCUGUGGGCUCCUGAGCUUACAAAGCAUGGCAGGCCAAGGGCUGUGUCCACAGGCCAGCAUUAGCAGAACAUACAAUGGUUUCACUCUUUCGCGGUGUCGAGUCGGAGCAAGGAGAAAAUUGCACUAGGAGCUCCAUGAUCUGCAGAGCAUGUUGCUUUUGUUUUUUUAAAAAGCAAGUAAAAGCGCAUUCCUGAACGCAGUCCUGAGGGAAAUGUACUGUAGGGAUCCCUCCUGCACGUCAGUGUGUGCAUGUGGGGGCUGUUCUUGCAGGCUUCAGUGGUCAUCUUCUGGGGUCCCUGAUUUUUUUGUCUACCAGAUAAAACAAACCUGGGAAGGCCAAGUACUGUCUCUAUGGUGCAUAUCGAUGACCCCAUGGAGAUCUUGAAAAGUGUUAUUUCUUUUGUCCACAGGCACUUUCAAGAACUUUGGGAUGUAAAAAUGAAAUGAAACCUUUACCCAUGACCAACAGUAACAAUCAUUGUUUUAAUAAUAUAUACAAACUCCAUGACUCCUUUUGGUGCUAAUGAUUUCACAGACCAAACAUUUUAGUGCAUUGAUGUCCUUAAAUGUAUUAAGAAAUAAAAAAAAAAAAUUGGGAAAGUUCAUGAAUCUGUACUCCUUCUCAAAGUCUCAUUCCUACCUUUCCUAGAGUGGAUUUGUUGGAAAAGAGAAUACUUUUCCUUUCAUGUUUCCCUCUGAUUCCCUACCAUUUCAUCUUCUAUUUUCUUUCCUACCAUUUGAAAUCAAUGAAAUUUGAAAAAUAAAAAAUACAAAUGGGUGAUAAUUGAAUAUUUGAAUAUAAAAGAUUAUCUCUAAGACCUUAUUAUUAGCAUCAGAAAACGGGCCAGAUAUGACCAAAAUACUGUGGAAUAAUGGACUGAAGUACAGAGUUCCAAGUAGACAGAGCAUGUUCCUUGAUGAUAGGUCAUCUCUUGCUGGCGCUGUCCGUCUUGGACUAACCAAUGCUUAGGAUUUUAUAGAUGUUUUAAGUAUGAUAAGUGAGAAUAGCAACAGAGGAAAGGUCUCACGUGUUUCCAUCUUCAAGGAUAACCUUAGGAAGAUUCUGCUUGUUGAAGCAGGUUGAGCUGUCGUUUAUCAUCUCUUUCUAGUAAUAAUGUUACUCUCAGCCUUGCCACCAUACAUUGUUUCCUAUUUCUCUUUUCCUGUCUAUUUCCUGGUCUCUCCAUGCCUUUCUUCCUCCCUCCCUGCUGUUCUCCUUCCUUUCAUGCUUGUGUGACUGCAAACCUCUAUUUCAAAUGAGGGUGUAGAUGCCUUUACUUAGCCAGUUGUAAAACAAGGACUCAAAAUGGAAGAUGUGCUGCUGAAUACAUGUUCCUAUUUCUUGAGUGCCAUACUUUGAUGACUUCCAAUUUGUUCACUGAUAUAAGGGCAAAUUGGGAGGAUAAUUAAACCUGUGUGCUGUUGAUGCUGUCAGAUGUUUCUGUAGCUGGCUGCUUAGCAUAAUGCGGGAUGAGUAAUGGAAUAAGGAUAUGACAAGUAAUUCCACUGCUGCUGUAGAUGGUGACAACCUCGGUCCUAAUAUGUUGUUGUCUGAAAGUGGCUUAACUGUAAAGAAAUGAGUCAUGGAGAGACAUGAUAUUGAUAAGAUAAAGCAUUUUUUCAGCAAGUUACAGAGUGACUAAUCUCAGGCACAUGGGAUUAGUCAUGUUGUUUAAAGGACUGAUACUUUUGCUUGGCCUCACUGUGUUUUGUCCUGAUCCUAUGGGAAACAGGAAAGGAUCCUUGAAGUCUGAAUUGUUUUUCUUUUAGGAUCUGUCUCUAAAGGGGAAAAAAAAGCCCAAAAUAAUUUAUUAUAAUUGUUGCCUUUCCCUCUGCAUCUUCUUCAUUACUCGAGCAACUAAAAGUAUUCAGAAAAUAAGUUAAUCAAGGCAGGUAAGCCUUUUAAACUGUGAGGAAAUGCCCUUAAGUUUAUUAACUUUCAUUUAAGACAAAAAUCUACUGUUCCCAGAAUACGAUGACCCAACUCUGUCUUACAGCAGCAGAUAUGUUGAAAAUAUGGUUGCUUUAGUUGCAAAACACCAACCUCUAGGGCCAUAUUUGUAAUAUGACAUUUAUUCCCUGGGGCAUGGCUUCCUCUCUCUGUUGGUGACCAAGGAAGGGGAUUAGAAGGCACUGACCUUGAUUCUUUCUUUCCCUGGUACUCCUCUCAACCUCUCUAAAGCCUAGGUCACCCAGACAUAGACCUCCAGCAGGGAUAUAUGAGAAUGUCAGCCUGUCUUCCUCCCUUCCCUUCCCUUCCCUUCCCUUCCCUUCCCUUCCCUUCCCUUCCCUUCCCUUCCCUUCCCUUCCCUUCUCUGCCCUCCCCUCCCCUCCCCUCCCCUCCCCUCCCCUCCCCUCCCCUCCCCUCCUCUCCCCUCCCCUCCCCUCCUCUUCCCUUCCCUCUUUAUUUUUUUCCCUUAGCUAUGUGAAUUCCAGACUGGGCCUAUGGACACUUAUCCACUGAUGUGUCUCAAUCCCUAACAAUAUUGUAGGUGCAAUAAAUAAUAAUGAAUAAAUAAUUUAGUGCUGAGAGGGGCGUUUUUUGGCUAAAUGGAAAUUCUGUCAAAUAGAACUUGAGAGAAAACAGUAGUUAAAAAUGAAGUCAUCUCAACCCAGGCCAGGACCCAAAACUUUCUGGCUUUUCUGGCAGUUCUUAUUGUCAUGGUAGUAUUUAAUAAGAUGAACCUUCUUUAGGCUAAAAAUGUAUUCUCAUUUAAUGAUAAAGAAUUGUUUCAUCAUAAUUUAAUCUGGCUUGGUUUUACUAAUGAGACCCCAGAAUCCGUGUCUUUUCCGUUAUUGCUGUGCUAUUUUUCUCCUUUUCAUAAAGUUAUUAAAUACAUGACAAAACUUUUCUCAGUUCCCAAAUGAAAAUGGAUAUUUAUGUCAUGGGAUCAGUCUUGGGAAAAUCUACAAAUGAUAGUUUGCUGAUAUUAAUGAUAUUUUAAUAUAGCUUCCUGUAGAUUGUCUCCUCAAAGGAUUUUGUGCUUUCUCCAUUGUCUAUGCAAGGAUUUUUACUCCUUUGCAUGCCUUCAUUAUAUUUAUUGAAUAAUAUUAACAUUUAAUUUUUUAUUAUUGAGGGGCAAUUAUCUUUCUGUGGGUUACUUUAAUUAGGCCAUUGGCUUUUCCUGGACUUUCUUUGCCCCUGACUUGUAGUUAUUUCAUGUUAGCCUCUCUUCUUAAGUGGCAAGAAAACAACUAAACAUGAUACUCCAGUGGAUUGAGUUGAUGAUGUAUCAAAUUCCGACUUGCUAAGAAAGGUAGAAAACAAUGACCAGAAGUGGAUCUGUGAGUUAGGAUUAUUGGCUGGAGGAAGCAGAUGCAGAAAGGAAAUAAAAGGUAAUCAGCAAAUUCUUUGUCUUCGUUCUGAAGGAUACUGGUGACUCCCAGUUCUAUGUCAGUGAUUUGCCUUCUUUAUGCUUUAAGCUAUCCCACAGUUCUUCCAGAUCCAGCACCAAGUUUCAAUUAAUCAUUUACUCUGAAUAAACUUCACUUGCAAAUGAUUUUGAAUUGGUCUUCUGAUUCAAUUGAAAGAUCUUUUUUAUAAGACACAUGAAUGAGAGACUAAUCAGAAAAAAACCUGUUUCCUUUUAUCAUUUGUUAAACCAACUGGCCUUAAAGAUAGACAUUUUCCAUUUCUUAGUCCUGGAGAAUUCUGUGUAUGCCUCUGGAACAGCUCUUCUAGGAAUUGCCAUUUCAUUUUUCUAGAGUUUUUUGUUGUUAUUUUAACUGCAGCUGGUUACUUAUUUUUUUCAACUAUGGUCUUGACAAAUGUGUUUUGAUGUGACUAUAGUAAUGUAUUUGAGACUUAGAGAACCAAAAGCAAGUGAAAACACAUCCACAUAAGCAGUAUGGUUAAAUACUCAUUUUGGGAGAAGAGAGGAUGUUUCUUAUUUUUGGGUUCAUUUAUGUGACACGAGCCUAUUUGUGUUUAUAAAGAAAGCUGCCUCUCCUUACAUUUUUUCACACUUCAUACUGUUUUAAGAAAUUAUCUUUUCAAGCCACUAAUUAAUAUCAUAAUGCUUUAAUAAAGGAGAUGGCAUUUCAUCCUAUUUAUUAACUUCUAUGAUUUUGGAAUGUUACAGUCAUUUCUGGGAACCAUACUUUGAAAUGAAAAACAAAUUGAAGCAUAACCAGCUUUGUGAAGGAAUUUAGAAUUUAAGACAUUUGAAGAGUACUUUAAAAAUUUUGGGGAGAGUUAGUCUGGAAAAGAAAAUUAAUGUGUUACUGCAAGAUGCUGUGGAUGGGAUGAGACCCAUUAAUAGGGGCCAUAGGUCUAAAGAUUUGGACUCCACAUCGGAGACAACUUUUGAAAAAAGUUGCUUCAUCAAGGAAAGUGCUGUCUCAGAAGCUAGAUAAGAACUUGGUAAAAAUGAUGUGGCGAGAACUGAAGCAGUGGUUGGGAAUUGAACUAGAUGGCCGAUUAACUUAAAAUUUCAUCUUGCAGUGCUUUGCCUCUCAUGAUGUGUUCAGUUAAAUACCUAUUGACUCACAGCUACUGAUACUUGUAAAAAAGCUUUGCUCUUCUACCAUAAGUACAUCCCAUCCUCCAGGGAGAAGAUUAAGUGUUGUUAGGCAAAGAAACAAUCCCUAGGCUAGGAUUGCCUCUGUCAGUCUAUACUCAUUAAUGUUCUGUUCAAUCAAAAACUGGUUCCUGAGUUUAAAAAGGUGUUCUUUCAGGAAAGUUAUGUGAAAUGAUGGAAAUUAUUCAUUUAUUCCUCACCAAACAUAAUCCCCACUCAGCUUAAUGAAUAAUGCGUGUGUCUCUAGGAUUUCAAGGUAGGCCUUUUUAGUAGAGCAGAAUCUUCACUAAGGAUCCUGCAACUAGACUAACAUGAAGUUUUCUAUCUCCUGUAGGCAAGGGGCUGGUGGGUCACUGGCAUAAAGCAGUCCCCAAGAUCUAUUUUAGAAAAGUUUCAAAUGACAUUUGGAUAGUUGAUUUGAUUCUCUUGAGAAGAUUGAAGUUUAAAAGAACUGAAGCCAAACUGCUUUAUGUGAAAUAUAGCAGAACACAGGUCUUUGAUUUGAAAAUUAGAGAUAAUUUAUGUAAGAAUUUUUGUUAAUAAAGCAUAUGACUCAAAUGAUUCUGUUUGGAGAAUAACUUUACACUUUUCUGGGUUGAGAGAUGGAUUUUUGCUUGUUCUGUGGUCUUGACUCAUGGAGAGAAACAUACUUGAGUUGGAUGAGGGUUCUUUUUUAUUUAUUUAUUUAUUUUGGGGGGGAAGGGCAAGGAGACUUUGGAUAAGAGAUCCAAGCACAAAUGCUAGCAACCACUUCUUGGACUUCUGAGGUGUGUGACUCAAUUUUACUUUCACACUGAUUUAAGACAGAAUUUUUAGAGAUGCUGUAUUCUAGUUUCUGAUGGAAUCCUUGGUAUAUGGUGAUUGACCCUUUGGAGAGUAAUUUAUGCAGAUGUAUAGAAGGGAAGUACUAGUUUAUGUAUGUGCUAAAAUAGCUGUGACUUCAGGCAAAGCACAAUAUUUUGAGCAUCAGUUUUCUCAUCUAUAAGAUUUGUCAGGAAUAUCAUGAAAAUGAGAUGAGACAAAGUGAAAGUACAGUGCUCAGCAAACAGCAUUCAAAUGUUCUUUUCUUCUUAAGAGCAGGUUUUGGAUGGUCUGAUACAGGUAUAGAUUCUUAAAGGGGAUAAAAAACACCACAGCUUUCCUGGAUUCAAAUAAAAGCGCUUCAUUUCUGAAAGCAUUCCCUAAAAGAAACUUGUUUAUUGAUCUGCCUUUCAGCAUUAUGCAUUACUGUCAUCCCUCCUUUUUUUUUUUUUUUUUUUUUUUUUUUUUUUACAUACUUCAGGAAAAGUAUUCUCUCUUUCUCCUGAUAGGCAAUUCCAGGGUUGUAAACUCAUUAUCAGGAAAUGUAGUCUCAAAAUUAAAAUACCUCACAGUGUAAUUUAAAUAUGUUUUUUCUUGAUCCUAUUCUCCAUGUAAAGAAAAGAAAAAUGGAUUGAUCUCUCUCUUCUUUUUAUGGGGCCACAUUUACUGUUUAUUGUUGUCCAUUUGCCUAAUUUAAAAAAACCAGAAAGUUAAUUAAGGUGAUAUUGUUAUUCCCUUUGUGAACAUUAGGAUAGCUGUUUAUUAAUUCUUAGCUUUUUAUUGGAAUCAGAUUUAGAUCAUAAACUUACUGGUGAUUAAUUAUUCAAUUAUACAUGAACUUUUCUUCUUUUAGUUCUUGAUAACAAGAUGUGCUUUGGAGAAAUUAUUCCAGUUGUGUGGCUCUUGUUUCUUCCCUUGGUGAAAAUGGAGUUGUGAAUCCUAAGUUUGUGAUCUGCUUUAGGAAUUUUAUUUUGUAUUUGACUUUAUUUGAUGGACAUAAUUAUCAACCCCUAAGGGUUUCUUUCACUUUCUAUAUGUGCACUAAGUUCUGAAAUAAACUUUGGAGUACCAAGUGUCUAAUAAAACAAAAAUUCAUGUACAGAAUAACAAAGAAGAAUCUGGCUUCUUAGGAUAAUUUGUCAUUAGUUUGAAUGGUACAGUUUUUGUUUAAGGUUACACAGUUAUGCCUGGAUUAAAUAAUAAUAGUAAAACUUGACAAGCCCUCUGAAAAUAGCUGCUACACAUAUUGCUUUCUGGAAUGUAAUCAUUAGGUAUAUUCUCUUGUUCUAUUCAACUGCAGAAUGCUAGUGGAACUUUCUUAUAGGCUAUUUGACAAUGAAUGUCAAUUGAUUUUUAAAAAAUCCUCUUAUCCCUUUAGAGGCCUAUUGGGGCUUUCAUGUCCCUGUUGUAGACACUUUUAAAUGACUGGAAUGCUGGCUUCUAAUUUCUUCUCACUGAAGUGUCUUCUGGAAUACCAGAUGAUUGGAGCUCCUUUGAUAUCAGAUAAGGAAGCUACAAAAAUAUAUUCAGAUUAAUGCAUGAGUAAAAUUGCUGUUGUCAGCAAAAAACACUCUGCUCAAAAUUUCAAAUAAUGAGUUAAGAGAUUUUUGAUCAUCUAAAGGGAAGAAGUGUGUCUCAUAAAUAUUGUUGCACACACUUUUAAUGCAUGACUUUUAGUGUAGGGAUGAAACAAAAUGCAAAAUAUAUAAUUCUGGGAUCUUUUCAGCAGCUAGUUAGCAUAUUUAGAGAUGCUACUUUAUGAAGACUUAAAGAAUCCUUGAUUUUCUUCUUUUUUCCUAUCCCUUCAUUAAAACAUGGAUUUUUAAUAUAUAUGUAGUUUCUACAAACAAGUUAAUCAUUGAGUUUUAUGAACUCAAAUCUUAAUAUUUGGUUAUUGGUUUCAAUCAUAGGAUUUCAGUAAAGUCUGUAUACAUCAAUAUAUAAAAUCUAACCAUCAAUGUCAUUAUAAGCAUAGUACUUGAUUUAAAAAUGUUAAUAUGCAAAUAUUAAUGGUACACUGUAUCAUAUUUAUAUGUUCAUAUAUAAAUGUGAUUGUAUGAACAAUUUUGAACAACAUUUAAAAAGUGGGGUGAGAAAGGGGUCAAGAGCUUGAACAAAAUGUUUUCAAAUGAUGUUGCAUCUCUUUUAAAAAUUAAGUUAUAAUUAACAUACAAUUUACCCUUUUUAUGUGUAAAAUUCAUCUUUUUCAUAUAUUCACUACAUUGUUCAGUAUCACCAAUAUCUAUUUUCAGAACAUUUCCUCACCUCCAGAAGAAACCUUAUAUCCAUUAGCAUUCACUCCUCCCUGUCCUUCCCAGCAUCUGGCAACAACUAAUAUACUUUCUAUCUCUAUGGAUUUGCCUAUCCUGGCUGUGUCACCCAAAUAAAGUCAUCUAAUAUGACAAUA